AUGGUAUACAUCGGGUGUCGGGAUGUCAUCAAAGGAGAGACGGCUGUCAAAGACAUUGUGGCACUGAAUCCAAAGGCAGACAUAAAACUAUUAAAACUUGAUUUGUCUUCACUUCAAUCGGUCCGCCAUUUCGCCAAAGAGUUGUCUCAAUUGGAGUUCAAAGUGGAUAUCCUUAUCAAUAACGUUGGCGUUUUUGGUUGUCCUGAGGGGCAGACUAUCGAUGGCUUUGAGAUGCACUUCGGGACCAAUUAUUUGGCCUACUGUCAGAGCAAACUCGCAAUCAUUUUGUUUACCCGUGAAUUAGCCACAAGACUGACCAACACUCGUAUAAACACUUAUAGUCUGAAUACCGGUGCCGUCAGCACUGACUUACAAAAACAUUCAUAUUCUUUGGUCGAAAGGGUUUUAAAGAGAUAUUGUGUUCUAAACCCAUUCAUGGGAUCCCAGACCACACUCUACUGUGUAUUGGAUGACAGUCUGGACAAUGAGUCCGGCUUUUACUAC